AUGAGCGCGGCAACCAGCAUAAACACCACGGCGGUACCCGCUGCACCGGGGACGCCGGUUCCUCCCGUGGUUCCUGUCCUGGUGCCGUCUGCGGCGCGCGAUACCUUUAACUCACAGUCGCUGGGGCGCGGUUUGAAUGCGCAUGUUAAACAGUCGCGAGUGUUGAUGGUUGGCGCUGGCGGCAUUGGGUGCGAACUUCUUAAGAAUCUCGUUCUUACUGGAUUUGGGGAGGUACAUGUUGUCGACCUUGACACAAUCGACCUCAGCAACCUCAACCGCCAAUUUCUCUUCCGUCAGGAACAUAUUAAGAAAUCGAAAGCAUUGGUUGCGAAAGAAGUUGCCGAAAAGUUCAAUCCAGCAGUCAAGAUUGUCGCCCACCAUGCCAACAUCAAAGACGCCCAAUUUAACAUUGCGUGGUUUAGCAGUUUCAGGAUUGUCUUCAACGCGCUCGAUAACUUGGAGGCCCGGCGACAUGUCAACAAGAUGUGUCUAGCUGCGGACGUGCCGCUGAUUGAGAGCGGCACGACCGGGUUCAACGGCCAGGUCCAGGUCAUCAAGAAGGGUGUGACGGCCUGCUACGACUGCUCACCUAAGGAGACCCCGAAAUCCUUCCCAGUCUGCACCAUCCGCAGCACACCAAGUCAGCCGAUUCAUUGCAUCGUUUGGGGCAAGAGCUACCUCCUCAACGAGAUCUUCGGAACAAGCGAGGACGAAUCCGCUUUCGACCACUCAUCUGAUGCCGACAACGCGACCGAGAUCGCCGAGCUCAAACGGGAGUCGGAAGCGUUGAGAAAGAUUCGCCAAUCGGUUGGGACCCCUGAUUUCCACCAGAUGCUAUUUGACAAGGUGUUUAACGCCGAUAUUGUUCGACUGCGGUCCAUGGAGGACAUGUGGAAGACGAGGCGUCCACCAGAGCCACUCGUCUACAAGGAUUUGCUGGAGAAGGCGUCGAGGGUCUUGGCAAACAAGGAAGCCGUUGUCAAAGACGAUCAGAAAGUCUGGUCGCUGGAAGAGAACUUGGUUGUCUUCAAUGACAGCCUUGACCGUCUGAGCACUCGCAUCUUGGAUCUGAAGCAGGCGGGCCAAGACGCCAUCAUCACGUUUGACAAGGACGACGAGGACACGCUAGACUUUGUGGCUGCGAGCGCAAACAUUCGAUCGGCGCUGUUUGGCAUCGACGGCAAGUCCAAAUUCGAGAUCAAGCAGAUGGCGGGUAACAUCAUUCCCGCCAUCGCUACCACGAACGCGAUCGUAGCCGGUCUCUGCGUGCUCGAGGGGUUCAAAGUGCUCAAGGGCGAGUACGACAAGACCAAGGAGGUGUUUUUAACCCCGUUUGCGCCCGCUCGCCUUCUUGCGUCGGACAGGUCCCGAGAACCUAACCCAGAUUGCCCUGUCUGCAGCGUGUUCCAGACUCGUGCCUACGUCGAUCUCUCGAGGGCCACACUGAAUGAUCUGGUGGAGGACUUCUUGAAGUUGGAGUUGGGUUACGGAGAGAAGGAGAUCUCUAUCAGCAAUGAGGUCGGCAUUCUUUAUGACCCUGACGAGACGGACAAUCUCACCAAGAAGCUGAGCGAGCUCGGUAUUAAAUCGGAUUCCUUCCUUACCAUCACUGACGAAGAUGACGACGAACCCUUCGUCAACGUGGUCGUCGCCAUCCAAGAAGCCGAGGAACCCCUCACGGACAAGCCCAUCCGCGGCAUCUCUGAACAAGAGAUCAAGAUCCCGAACAAACCCAAAAAGACACCCACCCCAGGGGUCGCCGCCUCUUUUACCAACGAUAGCACCAAGAACGGCAUUGGCCCCGACAAUGGCGCCAGCCGACAGCAAAGCGAGGCGGUGUCGGAGGUCAUCCCGGCCAAGCGGCCACACCCAGAUGAUCUAGAGGAUGCCGGUGCAGUUGUGAAGAAGGCCAGGACGGUGGCGGGUGCCAAGGGUGGUAACGACGAUGAUGAUGAUAUCGUUGUUUUGGACGAUGCUGCGGGCGGUAGUGCCGCUGGCGGUGGCGCGAUCGUCAUUGAUGAUGAUUGA